AUGGAAAAAUUCUUGUUAAGUUCACCAAACCAAUUGGCUCAACCGUAUAUAUAUGAUGAAUCAACCAAGGCCCAGAAUAAUACUCCCAAUGACAACAAUAUCAACAAUAUCAACAAUUCGACGUGUGAACUGUACGACAACACCAAUACCAACAACACCACCACCACCACUACUAUUACUUCUACUACAAGUAACAAAAGCACUAUUAUCCAGCAACAAUACCAACAGCAGCCGCCAAUGCAAUUAUUGCACCAGCUACAAUCUCAAGACCAUAUUGAUCCCGCCACUUCUACAACACAAACUAGCCUAUUAGCAUCGUUGAGUUUCACAAGCCAAAAUCUAAAACCUCAGCUACAGCAAGGCUUGACUUUCCAACAAGGACAAUUCCUACAGCUGCAGCCGCAGCAGCUGCUGCAAGAUGUUCACAGCAUCCUGGGAGUAGCAUCGGAGAAUCUCAAUGAUCCAUCAUUGUUUGGUGGUGACGAGGUAGUACCGAUUUCAACUAACCUACCAGACAACAAAUGUUUUCUAACAGACGAGUCGGGACUAGGCAUCAACAUGAUUGACUCAGGAAACACUAGCUUUAAUCAUUCAAGAAACGUUUCCUUGGAUAACUCAAUGCCCUUGUUUCAUUUGCCUCAUAAUGGUAACAAGAAUUAUCACCAUUUUCAGCAUACCGACUCAAUUACUUCGAUCAGUCAAGAUCCACCAAUCGCUAUGAACAACAGCAUCCCCCAGUCAGUAUCUUCAAACACAAUCUAUUCAUUCGAUUCUGUUCCUUCAUUUGAAUCGCCAAUGCAUCAACAACUACAACCAUAUAACAGCAGCAGUAAUAGCAACAGCAACAGCAACAGCAAUAACAACAUCAACAUCAUGCAUUCACAAUCACUGCACUUUACUUCUACACCUCGUAGAGUAGGACGAACUAAAUCUACCUCAAUUUCCUCAUACAACACACCAAUGAGAAGUUGUCAGCCCUCGUUUUCACCAUUAGAUUUAGCAACAGCAGCAGCUGCUACAUCUAAUAAAAUCACAAAGACACCGGCUAACAACAAGGCAAUCAAAGGUCAUACGAGAACAAGAUCUAGAGUAUCACUUGAUGCGGCAGCUGCGGCAUUAGCAUCAAAGACAAAUUCUAUAUCGUCAUAUAACUCUACAUUGAAUCCCUUUUACACACCGUCACAAUUAACUACUUCAUUCAACGAUAACGAUGAAGAAGAAGAUGAUGAUGACGAGGACGACGAGGACGACGAGGAUGUGCACGAGCACGAGCGUGAAAAUACCUUCUCAGAGACAUCUAUGGUUACUCCGGGUCUAUACAAACUAAAGCAAUCUAGAUCAACAUUCUUCAGUCCAUUUAGAAAUAAUGCAUUUGAUGAAUUAGAUCCCGACGAGAAUGACGCUAUGAAACAGUUGAAAAAGGCCAAAUCGUAUACUAAUUUGAUGAGAAGAAAAAGAAAAGAGCAACUUGGUCAGCCACAGCCAUUGGACAGCCUCGGUGAAAAUUCUCUAAUGGCUGGAGCAUUAGUUUCUCCUAAAAAGAUGUCUGAUCAAUCAUCACUAUUGACACAGCCGUCACAGAAACAACAACAACAUCAUCAUCAUCAACAUCAACAACAACAUCAACAUCAACAUCUACAUCAACAGCAGCUACACAGAAUUGAUUUGUUACUGCCAGAGUUUGAUAAAACUCCAAUGAAUUACCCAGCUUUUGACAAAAAUAUCACCACCAACUUGAAUCAAUCGGUAUCACCUUAUAAUCAGCAUAGAAAGACAUUUUCAAAUACACAUUUUUCAGGUGCUUCCAUUAAUUUGAAUGCCUCGAUUGCUUUAGAUCCUUCAGAGGAAGACGAUUUCAACUCAAAUAUAAACUCAUCAACUACUACGAAUACCACAACUACACCAAAUUUGUUACCUCCCAUGGCUACUUUUUCAAAUGAUAGCUUGAACUUUAGCGAGAAAGAAGAUGAAUCUUUUGAACUAAAGAACAGAAUGGUAAAGAAAGAAUUUACACUGUCUACUACAUCGCAUCGUCGAAAAAGUAAAGAGAAGUCACUGAAAGCACUGGUAUCUUCUUUGAGUUCAAGUGGAGAUAAUAAAAGCAUAGGUAGCUUAAACGAAAAUAACGACGAUGAUACGGUUACAAUUCCAAUACCUGCAGACCUCCAUGUAACACGACCAACGGUGCGUAACAAUAGAUCAGAUAAAAAUGACAAAACAGAUCCCAAAAAGAAACACAAGUGUCCAAUUUGCGAGUCGAGAUUUCAAAGACCCGAACAUGUAAAGAGACAUCUUAAAUCACAUUCAUCGGAUAAGCCUUUCCAUUGUGAGGAGGCUAAUUGUGGGAAAUGUUUCAAUAGAAAAGACAAUUUAAAGGCACAUUUAAAGAAAAUACAUGGAACUAUACCCAAAAAAGCUGCCAAUGAGGAAGAUUGA